CGACUGCUUCCGGGGGCGGCGCUACUUCGGUCAUUACGGAAAAUGGCUGGCCGCUGAAGCUUUUCUUGGAGGCGCCGCUAUUCCCGCGAUUAGGACCCCCCCCUCCCCGCUCUCUUCUGGGCGGCUGCUCGGACUUUCGCCCCACCGCGGCCUGCUGUGGCGAGAUGGCGGCCGAGAUUCACUCGCGGCCUCAGAGCAGCCGGCCGGUGCUGCUGAGCAAGAUCGAGGGGCACCAGGACGCCGUCAGCGCGGCGCUCGCCAUCCCCAAAGAGGACGGCAUCAUCACGGCCAGUGAGGACAGGACAAUUAGAGUAUGGCUGAAGAGAGACAGUGGACAGUAUUGGCCCAGCAUCUACCAUACAAUGUCAUCUCCUUGUUCAACUAUGGCUUAUCAUCACGACAGCAGACGAAUAUUUGUAGGCCAAGAUAACGGAGCUAUUAUGGAAUUUCACAUCUCAGAAGACUUUAAUAAGAUGAAUUUUGUCAAGACUUAUCCAGCACACCAGAACAGAGUGUCAGCAAUCACUUUUUGCUUGGAAGCAGAAUGGGUGAUUAGCACUGGCCAUGAUAAAUCUGUCAGCUGGAUGUGUACCAGAAGUGGAAAUAUGUUAGGAAGACAUUAUUUCACUUCCUGGGCAUCUUGCCUACAAUAUGACUUCGAAACCCAGCAUGCCUUUAUUGGAGACUACUCUGGACAGAUUACUUUGUUGAAGUUAGAACAGAGCACGAGUUCAGUGAUCACAACUCUCAAGGGUCAUGAAGGAAGUAUUUCUUCUUUGUGGUGGGAUCCUGUUCAGCGACUACUCUUCUCUGGAGCAUCUGAUAACAGCAUAAUCAUGUGGGACAUUGGUGGAAGAAGAGGUCGGACCCUGCUUCUUCAAGGUCAUCAUGACAAGGUGCAGGCCCUCUGUUACCUCCAGCUCACACGACAACUGGUUUCUUGUUCAGCAGAUGGAGGGAUCACAGUCUGGAAUAUGGAUGUUAGUAGAGAAGAGGCCCCACAGUGGUUAGAAAGUGAUUCUUGUCAGAAAUGUGAACAGCCAUUUUUCUGGAAUAUAAAGCAAAUGUGGGAUACAAAGACUCUGGGUCUGAGGCAGCAUCACUGUAGGAAAUGUGGUCAAGCAGUAUGUGGCAAAUGCAGCACGAAACGCUCCAGCUAUCCCAUAAUGGGCUUUGAAUUCCAAGUCCGGGUUUGUGACUCUUGUUUUGAGUCUAUCAAAGAUGAAGAUCGCACUUCUUUGGCAACUUUUCAUGAAGGAAAACACAACAUAUGCCAUAUGUCCAUGGAUAUUUCAAGAGGACUUAUGGUGACAUGUGGAAGUGAUCGUGUAGUAAAGAUUUGGGACAUGACACCAGUAGUGGGUUGUAGCCUUGCAACUGGAUAUACUUCCCGUUGAUCUGCGUUUUUCAGAAUAGUAUACUGUAUGCAUCAAAUGGAUAUAUUCCCUCUCAUAUUCCUGCCACACAUGCCAGCUGCUUGACUUUGAGAAUAUCGUUUUCCUAAGAUGGACAUUUUUGUUUUGUGGGACAGAAUCCUUGUUUAGAGCUUACGAAGAAUGGUGGAAGGUAGCAGGUACAAGCUGAUGGCCUGUGGAAUGAACAAUAGGAAGAUUUACAUACAACAAAAUAUCCGGCCUAGGAAGAUCACUCAUAGCUUGAUUUACUUGUAGCAUUCAGUGUGCUUUCUCUGCUGAAAUGAUAUUGUACUGUGGCUAAGGGUUAAAAUGAGUACAGUAAACUGUAGUGACAACAAAACAUGUUCAAAAUAGCAGUAGCGUAUUCUUUGUAAACUGUCCCUGUAGACUAGUUUUGUCUUAUGAAUAGUUACUGUGAAUAAUGACUCACAGUUUUUUUGAAUAUAACUUUGCCAGCAGGAGGGGGGGAAUGCAAUAGGAGUGGGAGCAUUGAUAGUGUUUUGGACUGUUUUGUUUCUCUGUUACAUUUGAUGUUGUUCCAGUUUUAAAUUGUCUACUGAGGAGGGGGUGGGUAGAUCCUUGGCAAAACAUUAAAAAUGGUUUCAAUAAUGGCUGAAGCUAAAUGAGGGAUUGGAAUCAUACUUUUUGUAUGUAGUAAAAUGGUACAGUUGAUUGAGGCUUGGUGAAAUAGACAGUAAAGGUUUGUUGAACAGAAACCCAAUUUGUGAUGUACAGGUAUCAAGUUUCUCUAAAGCCAGUUCCAAAUCAGAUUUUUAAUUCAAUUUCAGCAAUAACUAGCAUUGUACCAGAAAAGCUUGCAUGUGGACUGCUGCAAGUAAAAAUGGUAGUAAUAGGUAAAUUUAAUAAAUAGAUAGAUAAAUAAAUAAGUAAAAUAAUGGGGAAAAAUGUGUACAUUAAAAUUUGUCAUUACUUUUGAAAAUGAGAGUACCUUGUUAUAGUACAGAAUUUUAAAGAGAAAUUUCAGGUUGCUGCUCUUUUCAUAUUGAAGGUUAAAUUUUAUGACUAAAUGUAGCUUUAUAAAAUCUGGUGUAGAAUCAUCAACAUCAAUGAAGUUACUGCCCUCCAAUUAAAACAAUUUUUUUUUAUUCAAAUAAUGUAAUCGGACACUUCUUUUAGGGGAUAUUUAAAAGUAAGUGAAGAAAAAAUGUUUUUCCAUCUUUCUCAAGGAAAGUUGUUUUAUGUUAAUCAUGAACCUAUACCAUCAUGUUAAAAUGUAAGCCUCAAAGAAUCCUAAAAAAAAUCUUCCUUAGGCAAUACAUAUGAGGAAGGGAAUUAUAUAACCUGAGGGAUUAGUGUUGGAAAGUCAUAUAAGAUGGGUAUAAUCAAUGCUAUUAUUAUUGAAUUAUUGCUCCUAAACUUCUUAUUUGAUACUUAUUUGAUACUAAUUUGAUACAUGAAGGUAGUAGACAACAGAUAAAAAAGCAAGGAAGAACCAAACAUUUCAGCAAUAUCACUAUACAAAUAACGUAAAUUAUUAAAAAAUGGAUUUGUUAGAAUGGUUACAUUAUUCUACUUACCUGCCUUAUUAUACUGUAUAAAAAGGAGAACUUUAACUUGUUUGAAUUAUACCAGAAUUAAUAAUUUCACCUCAGUGUCCUACCUACAAUGAAAUGUACAUCUGGGUAAGAAAAGCAUCACCUUACACAAAAGCAUUUAUAAUUUUCCUCCCAACCCUCGUAAUAUCCUCUUAAACUUGGGAUAACCUGCUGUUGGCAGAGAACAAUAUUCUCAGGUCUCAAUAUUUCUACAUAUAAAGAAGGCCACCUACUGUUUUCACUUAUUGUACAAAUAGCACAAAAAUACAUUGAAAGAUUUGGCAGUUCCAUUCAGAAUUAUCCAUCAUUGUUUUGCCAAAUUUGUUCCAGGACUGAAGAAUAUUUUGCUGGUUGGGGAUAGGGUAGAUAGCAAUAUUAAAGUGGAAAGUUUAAGAAAUGUUGGAAAAACACUAUAUUAUUUCUAUAUCCAAUGUUGAAGUUCUUCUGAUAAAACUGUAAAAACUCUUAUUGCUUGCUUUGGAAAUAAAAUGCUUUUGUGCGUGGUGAAAGAAUAAGGAUCAUGUUGUACAUGGUAAGAACAUUGGCCCUGUACUCUAAAUGUGCAAUCAUUCAGAUUUGACUUAUUUGCUAUGUUUUUCCCCCCUGAAUCCUUUCUUCAUGGGGGCACCAGAAGGACUAAUGUAUUUUUGUCUGAUGACCGUAUUCUUGUGAAACAUUGUAUCUUUCAUUAUUUGAAAAACUGUUAUUACUGUUUGUUGUUCCCUUUUUUGUCUUUAAAAAAUGAAAAAAAGGUUUGACUAUUGUAUAAUAAAAAUAUUUCCUGUAAA